AGUGUCCAAUAAUUCAAGUUCAGAAAAGUGAGCUUCUAUAUGUGUCAAGCAUAUAUAUCAAUUUUAUGGUUCCUUUGUGUUUUGCUGAAUGAACUCAUCUCUGUAAUGGAGUUUUUCAUCACUCAAAUAUCUCUUUUUGUUUUUGUUUUCACUGCUACGUCAACUACACUACUGAACCCUGUAUAUGGCGGCGGUUGUGAUUUUCCAGCCAUCUUCAAUUUUGGUGCCUCAAACUCAGAUACUGGAGGCUACGCUGCUGCCUUUGAAGGACCAAAACCACCACAUGGAGACACUUAUUUUCACAGACCCGCUGGAAGGUACUCUGAUGGCCGAAUCAUCAUUGAUUUCAUAGCACAAAGUUUUGGACUUACAUAUCUUAGUGCGUAUCUUGACUCUCUGGGAUCAAACUUCUCUCAUGGUGCAAACUUUGCAACAUUAGGAUCAACAAUUAUACUCCCUAAGAGUGUUAAACCUCGAGGUAGUCCUUUCUUCUUAGGAGUUCAGUACCUUCAAUUCAAAGAGUUUAAAGCAAGAUCACAAUUCAUAAAAGAUCAAGGUGGCAUGUUUUCAACGUUGAUGCCCAAAGAAGAGUAUUUUUCUAGAGCUUUAUACACAUUUGAUAUUGGUCAAAAUGAUCUUAUUGAUGCCUUUUCUGGUAACACGACUAUACAACAAGUCAGUGAUUCUAUACAUGAUAUGGUCGACAAUUUCGUAGCGAAUAUUAAGAACAUAUAUGAUUUGGGGGCUAGAUCGUUUUGGAUACACAACACAGGACCAAUCGGGUGCCUCCCUGGCAUAUUGACUAAAUUUCCAUCUGCCGAAAGAGAUAGUUCUGGUUGUGCAAAGCAAUAUAAUGAAGUAGCACAAUAUUUCAACAAAGAAUUGAAGGAAGCAUUAGCUAAACUUCAUGAGGACCUUUUGGUUUCAAUGGCAUAUGUAGAUAUCUACUCAGCUAAGUACUCUCUAUUUUGCAAUCCAAAGAAAUAUGGAUUUGAGCACCCACUAGUUACUUGUUGUGGCUAUGGAGGAAAAUACAAUUAUAUAGAUGGAGUUGUAUGCGGGGGAACUAUAACCGUAGAUGGUGAUAAAAUUUUUGUGGGCUCUUGUGAAAAACCAUCCACUAGAGUGAUAUGGGAUGGGUACCACUACACUGAGGCAGCUAACAAAGUUGUAUUUGAUCUAAUAUCUACGGGAGCUUUUUCAGAUCCACCCAUUCCCUUGAAUAUGUCAUGUAGUAGAAAUUUCAUAGGAGGUGCAAGAAGAAGUAUUUCUAGCCCAAGAAAAAAGGAUUUUGAUGAAGACAAUCAAUAGCAUGAAGAAGGAUGCUUUAAGUCUCAAGUCUAGUAAAUUUGUUAUAUUAGUAUAUUUGUUAUAUUUUUUAGAUUUCAUGUAUGUCAUGAUGUAUCAUUAAUUAAUCUCAAAUCAAUUGUUCUCAAUCAAUAUGCAAAUGAUAUUCAAAUGGGUUGUCUAAAUAACUCAUGCUCAAUUUUGGGUUAUAUCACCCAUUGCCUUGUUGUACCAGUUAUAUUGUGACAUGUGUCACGUUAUUAUCCACAUCACUUUUAAUA